AUGCUCGAGUCUCUUGUUGCUACCGUGUUGAACCGUUUUCUUGGAGCUUAUGUCUCUAACCUCGAAGUUAACCAACUUAACGUUGCAAUAUGGACAGGCACAAAUUUACAACUUAAGAAAGAAGCUCUCGACAAGUUUGAUUUGCCCAUUGAUGUUUUAGAAGGACAUCUUGGGGAAUUAACGUUAAAUAUUCCUUGGUCCAAUUUAAAGAAUAAACCCGUUAAAGUUUUCAUAAAUAAUGUUUAUCUCCUUGCGGUUCCAAAAGCCGAGUCAGAGUAUGAUCCUGAGGAAGAUGAGCGACGAGCUCAACAACUUAAACAAGAAAAAUUAGCAAAUGCCGAAUUGUUACAUACUCAACCUGAUCCGACAGAGGAUGAUCAAAAGAACCAAUCUUUUAUAAAUCAGCUAGUCACGAAAAUUGUUGAUAAUCUUCAGAUUUCAAUCAAUAACAUUCACAUUCGUUAUGAAGAUAAGCUUAGUGACCCGGGGCAUCCGUUUUCUGUGGGAUUGACCCUUUCCGAAUUUUCGGCAGUUUCAACUGACAGUAAUUGGAAACCUACAUUCAUUGAGGGAGAAACUAGUUCUAUUCAUAAGUUAAUCACUUUAGGAUGUUUAGCUGUUUAUUGGAACACGGAUUCGAGGUCUUUGGCUGGCUACUCAACAAAGGAAGCCGUCAAUUUAUUUAAUAACUUGAUCGCGUCCGAAAAAAUGAUACCUCCAGAACAUCAAUACGUACUUAAACCCGUUUCUGGUUCUGGACGCCUCGUACUAAAUAAACAUUUUGACGAAAACGAUCCCAAAACUACCGCAACAUUAUUGUUUGAUGAACUUGGGUUCGUCUUUGAUGAUGAACAAUAUAGGGAUGCUCUAUUGAUGGUUGACCUAUUUCAUUUUUACCUGCGGCAACAACAAUAUCGAAAAUUCCGACCUCUAAAAGUAACUCCUAAACAAGAUCCCAAAGCAUGGCUGCGAUUUGCAGGAAAUUGUAUUAUCUCAGAAAUUCGUGAGCGUAAUAGAAAAUUUACGUGGGAUUACUUUGUUGAACGUCGCGACGAUCGACAUUUAUACGUAAAAUUAUACAAAGAUAAACAACUUGAAAAAAUGACACCAGAGAAUCAAGUCGAAUUAGAUCAACUAGAAAAGAAACUCAGUUAUGAGGAUAUUAGAUUUUACAGAUCAAUUGCAAAAUCACAAUUAAGAAAAGAAAAGGCUUUAAUUGCUAGAAAACAAAAGGAACGAUCAUUACAACAAUCAUCACAAUCCGGUGGUGGUUGGUUAAGCGGAUGGUGGUGGGGUGGAUCACAAUCGAAUGUGAAUGAGGGAGACACAUUAUUGACCGAUGAGCAACGAAAAGAAUUGUUUCAAGCAAUUGAUUAUGAUGAGUCAGCCGCAAUGCAAACUACUGUGGAUAUUCCUAAAGAGUGGACAAAACUUUCACUUAGAACAAAACUUAAAACGGGAUCUUUUGCUCUAAAAAAAGAUCCUCAUGGAAAAAAUGUUGAUGUACUAAGGGUUAUGUUUGACACGGUGACAGCAAAUUUUCUUCAACGUCCUGAAUCAUUUCAAGCUGAAACCUCUUUGGGUAGUUUAAGUGUUUACGAUGGUUCCACUGAAGGAACAUUAUACCCUCAAAUAGUUAGGGUGAAAGAUUAUGAUUCUAAAGUCUCUCAAAAAGAUUUGACAAGAAAUAAUCGCGCAAGUGAUAUCGAAUAUGAUGAAUCACAAGGAAAUCCAUUCUUUCAAUUAGUUUUUGAACAAAAUCCUUUGGAUGGUAGAGCAGAUAAUGGUCUUUCAAUGAGAAUGAGACACUUGGAGAUUAUUUAUAAUCGAAAUGCCGUUGAAGCGGUUACUGAUUUUUUCAGACCUCCAGAACAACAGUUGGAAUCAAUUUCAGCUUUAUUAGAAGCAGCAGGAGAUACUUUAGAAGGACUUAAAGCUCAGACUAGAGCUGGAUUUGAGUUUGCAUUAGAGGAGCACAAGACUAUAGACGUAAAGAUUGAUAUGAACGCGCCAAUUUUUAUUGUCCCUGAAAGUUGUACAAAAUCAGAUGCUCAAGUAGUUGUACUAGAUUCCGGUCACAUCAGCGUAGAGAGCAACUUGGUUAAUAAAGAGCUCUUCUCUCAAAUCCAAUCAAAGGCAAAAGCAAGUAAAGGUUAUAAUGAAAAGGACUAUAAAGAGUUGGAGCCUUUGAUGUACGAUCGUUUUACAGUUCAACUCUCUUCAACUCAGCUUUUAGUAGGACAAUCUGUUGACCGUUGUUUAGAUCAGAUACGACAUUCUGAUUCCAAUUACGGCCUUCAUGUCAUUGAUCGUAUCAAUAUGCAAUUUAAUGUUGAAAUGUCCAUAUUACCCCGUGCAACUUAUCUGACUAAAUUUCGAGUUACAGGACACGUACCUUUACUAAAAGCUAAUUUCUCGGAUAGAAAAUAUAAGAUCAUAAUGAAUAUAAUUGAAAAAAUAACACCAGCCAGUACGAAAGAAAAUGCAGAAUCUGUUCAAAAUCCUGUAGCUGAAACAUUUUCAUUUACUGGAUUGGUCGAGGAGGUUUUGAAGGACAAGACAAAAGAUAAUAAAUCAGAAAAUAAAUCAGAUAAUAAAUCAGAUAAAUCAGAUAAUAAACCUUUAUUAAAUAAAAAUUUGGCAAACAAAGCUGUAGCAUGGAAUCGUAAGCAUAGAGACUCUAUGGUAAUGGCGGAAAAACUUGGUUUAAAAACAUUACAAGAUUUAGUAGUAAUAGAUAGCGCUAGUGAUGAGGAGGAUGAUGAGGUUCCUGAAGAAAGUUUAGAAGAAUUCUUUGACGCGCAAGAUGCAGGCGACCCUAAUAAUGCAAGCUCCAAACAGAGAACAUUUGAAUUUGAUUUUCGUGUGGAUAAAUUUACAGCAACUUUAAAAAAGGCAGAUACAGAUUCAAAUAAACCCGAAGUUGUUUUGGUUGAUAUGGUUCUGGAACAUUUCGGGUUGAAUUAUGUUCUUCGACCAUUCGAUAUGUCUGCUAUAGUUGUACUUAAAUCUCUGAGUAUCGAGGAUAAAAUUUCUAAUUAUCCAGAAUUUAAACAUUUGGCUUCUUCUGAGGGAUAUGGAAAUGCUCAAUAUGAAGAUUCUAAAGAUCUUGUUCACGUUAAAUAUUCUAAAGUUGAUCGAAAAUCACCCGAAUACAUGUCGAAAUUUGAUGGAAUUGAUCAGAGCGUCGACAUUGAAUUGUCUACAAUCAAUGUUAUUGUUACUCGCAAAAGUAUUUUGACAUUAUAUAGUUUCAUAUUGGACACUUUUACAUCGUCUCCUACAGAACCCCCUACAUCUCCACCCCAGAUUGUUGAUGCGCAACCUGUUAAAGUCAAACUUAAUAGUAUCAGGUUUAUAUUAAAUAAUGAUGGUGUUAGACUAGCGACGGGAUUAUUAUCGCUUGCAGAUGUUGCCGUACUUUUAAGACAAAACACUAUUCGCGUUGGGGCUCGAUUAGGCAAUUUCUCACUUUCUGAUGAUAUGGCUGGGGAAAAUAGACCCGAAUCAUUGCGUCAAUUGCUUACUAUUCAAGGGGAGGAUUUGGCCGUUUUUCAAUAUGAGACAUUUGAUGAAAAAUCGCCAGGUUUCCCUGGCUAUGACUCAUCGGUUUAUUUACGAGCUGGUUCUGCCAAAUUGACUUUUCUUGAAGAACCUACUAGGCUUUUGCUUGAAUUUGGUAGUAAAUUUGCUCAAAUGAAGGGUCUUUAUGAUUCAGCUAGGAACGCUGCUGUUCAACAAGCGGCACAGUUGCAAGAGAGAGUAUCGAAAUUCCAUUUCGAUAUUGUGGUUCAGACUCCGAUUGUUGUUUUUACCAAUGAUGUUAAAUCAACCGAUUGCGUGAUCGCAUAUCUUGGUGAAUUAUCCGCGUCAAAUGAGUUCAUACCUAAUGAACAUGGAAGAGGAGAACUUACCCAAAUUAAGGCUGAACUUAAAAAGAUUAAAUUAACUUCGGAAUUUGUUUUUUCUGAUGAAAAGAAACAAGUUUUGCAAAUUAUUGACGAUGUUGAUAUCAACUUUAGAAUUUCUUACUCGGAACAUGUUGAGGGUUCAACUAGACCAGAUAUGGAGAUUGAUGGGAGAAUGUCGGAUGUUAAGAUGUCUUUAACAGAAAAACAGUAUAAAUAUUUGUUUGACCUAUCAAAUACUAUUCCUCGAGCUUUUGGUACUAGCGAAUCUACAGAUAAGAAUACUUCUGGUUCUCCAACGAGUCCAUCUCAACAUCCUAGGAAUUCAGGUGCAACAGAAACAAGUUCAUCACAAAAGGAUGACGAAGUUGUUCAGACAUGGACUACCAUCGAUCUUAAGUUCAUUGUGAAUCAAAUAUAUUUAGAAAUCUUUUCUGGAGACGGUUUUCAAGCGAAGACAUUAUCAGAUACAAGUUUAUCAAAAUUCUGUCUUAAUGAAACUAAAAUCAAAUAUUCAAUGGAAUCAAAUAAUUCUAUGACUGCAGAAUUUAGUCUUCAAUCUGCUACUCUAAAUGAUACUAGACCAAAUGUAAAAAAUGCCUAUAGAGAAAUAUUACCGGCUGUUAACAAAGAUGCCCCUCAAUUUAGCGUUAGUGUCACAAUUUCCGGUGGUACUGAAAGGAAUAUUAUCGCUAUCGUUACAGUUGAUAGUCCACGGAUAAUUCUCACUCUUGAUCAUUUGUUUGCUACACGUAAUUAUUUUAUGAGCGCAUUUGUUACCGAUACUGAAUCUUCAAAUAAAGUUACUUCCGAAUCACAACAAGCGGUAUCACCAUCACCUUCAAACCCUCCAAGAACACCACCAAGGUCUUUCACUAGUCAAUCACAAUCAUCUACCCCAUCUUUACCAACACGUCAACCCCCCGCAAAACCUCAAGUCACUACCAGUUUAAAUUAUCGUUUGAACGUUUCUGACGCAGAAAUUAUCUUAUUAGCGAACCCUCAUUUAGAAAGUACUGAAGCAAUCGUUCUUUCUUCUAAUCAAAUAGUCAUCACACAGCAACAAACUAUGACAUUCACUGUUGAAAAACUUGGCAUGUUUUUAUGUAGAAUGGAUAAGAGAGAAGAUUCUCCUUUACGUUUCAUUGAUAACUUUAAUAUUGCUGUAUCUCUUGAUACUCGAGCAUCUAAACCAGGUCAACAACUUACCGACAUCAAUGUUGAUGUAGGACACCUUACGUUGAGACUUUCAUAUAGGGAUGUGUUACUAAUCAUGUCAAUAGUAAAUAAAGUUUCUGAGCUCUCAUCGCAAUCUUCAUCAUCUCCUCCAGAAAAAGAAGAUAAACCAGGGCCAGCACCUAUUGAUAAGAACAUGCCAUUAGAUGUUGCGUCAUCUAAAAGUUUUAACUAUGAUUCAUUAACUGCAGCUAAAAAAGGUGGAAAUUCAAAGAGUCGUCCAAGCGUUUUACAGACUUUGAUGAUGACUCGAGAAACGCUUAAAGCAACUUUUCAAGGUACUCGACUCGUUAUUAUUGGUGAUGAACACGACAUACCUAUGAUUGAUGCUAGUGCGAAUGAAUUUUCUGUAAAUGUGGCAGACUGGUCAUCACAGAUAAGCGUUGACGCCAACGUUUCAACUUAUAUAAAUUAUUUUAAUUUAACUAAUUCUCACUGGGAGCCACUAGUCGAGCCAUGGCAUUACAGUCUACACGCAUCUAAAAAUUUAAAUCCAGAAAGCAUGGUUAUUGAUUUAUCCUCUCAGAAACGUUUAGAGAUUAACAUUACACAUAUUUUCAUGGAAACGAUUUUGACAACUCUCUCUAUAGUUAACAACGAAAGAGAGCACGUAUUGAAUACCAAAAGAGGUUCGCGAACUCCAUAUAAAUUAAGAAACAGAACUGGGUACGAUCUACACGUAUGGUCUGUUUCUUCGGAUGAUGCUACAGAUACUGAGAUAGUGAAGAUGGGUGAUGGUAAAGAUUUGGAUUGGAGGUUUGAUGACUGGCGUAAAACGCGUGAGUCUCUGAGCAUUACAAAAAACAUGUUAGGCAUCCAAUUUGAUAGUGCAACAUGGGAGUGUAUUAGGGAGAUCCCUGUAGAUAGGGAAGCAGAGACCUUGUAUAAAUUACGACCUAAAGUUGGUGGGGUCACUCACCGUAUGGUGGUUGAUGUGAAACUAAAAGACAACAUAAAAGUGGUAACUUUCCGAUCGGUUUUAGUUCUUGAAAAUCGUACGCUUUUAACAAUUGAGAUGAAAAUUGUUGACAAACAAAACAAGAAUGUUAGCGACGUUUAUCAAAUAGCUCCUGGUGAAGAUUGUCCUGUUCCUAUAGAACAUGCUUAUAAUAAUCUUCUUCAGAUCAGGCCUGAGGGCGGGUUUGGUUACAAUUGGAGUGUCGAAAAUUUAUAUUGGCAAAAUUUCAUAAAACCUAAUCCUAUAAAGUCUAUCACAUGCAAAUCUAUACAAGAUGAUGUACCGUUCCGUUUCCAAGUAUUUGCUAGGUACAAAAAGAAUGAUCCUCUUGUAAAGGAGUACCCUUGUAUGGCUAUUCGGUUAAGCGCUCCGAUACAAGUUGAAAAUCUGUUACCUUACGACUUCAAAUUCAGAAUUUAUGACAAAACUACAAAUCAGGAUUGGCCCGAUAACUCUCUACAAAAAGGAGGAGUAACUUCUCUACAUUUGAUAGAAAUGAAUCAUUUAUUACUACUUAAUGUUACCAUAGAAGAUACGGAUUAUGCUACCAGCGAAUUUUCUAUCAUUAGUUCUCCAAAUUCCGAUUUUUCAGUUGAUAAUACGUUGACACUUACAGAUUCCGUAGGUUUAAAAUUAUACCUCCGAAUUCAUUACACAGAAGUUCCCGAUUCUGGAGGAGCAUUCAAGUUUAGUGUAUAUAGCCCAUAUAUAAUGAUCAACAAAACGGGUCUUGAUAUGGUUUUCAAAUCGAAAUCAUUCUUAACUGCCGCUAAGAUUGCUGCCGGACAAGGAACAUCAAAGAAGAAAAACCAGGUCGCUCCAUAUAUGUUCUCUUACCCAAAUGAUGAAACGCGAAAUCGUGCUCUAUUAAAAGUAGGAGAUUCAGAUUGGAGUAGGCCUUUAAGUUUUGAAGCUGUUGGUACAUUUAUGGAAAUUGUUAUACCCUCCUCAACAAAAACUGAAGAAAUACAUCUGGGUGGCAGCAUUCAAGAAGGUCACAAGAAGUAUAAACUGACUAAAAUUGUGACUUUCACCCCACGGUUUAUUCUCAAAAACAAUUUGAAUGAGGAUAUUAAUUUCCGCGAACCAGAAUCGACUAACUUUAUGACGGUUAAAUCCAAAGAUCGUGCUCCUCUUCAUUUCUUAAAAAAGGGAAUCAUUAAACAGCUUAUGCUAUGUUACCCUGGAUUAAAUAAAUCUUGGUCUGCUCCUUUUAAUAUUGAUGAACUCGGGAGAGUUCACGUCAGGCUUGGAAAAUCAGAUGAAGUGAUUGACUUAAUUCGAACUGAAAUUUUACUUGAGGAUGCUACGGUUUUUGUAAUAUUUAACAAAGAGGAAGGAAAAUGGCCAUUCCGUAUUGAGAAUUAUUCAGAUGUUGAAGUUACCUUUUACCAGCAGGACCCGAACCGUCGUGAUUUCUUUGGUACAAGUACACAAAGCCCAAAUAUAAAAAAAUAUAACCUUUAUCCUGGAAACGCAUUACCUUAUUCGUGGGACUUCCCAGCACAAAAGGAAAAGCAUUUGGUCUUAAACGUAAAUAAUACUGAGCGAGUGGUUAAUAUUCAAGAAAUCGGAUCACUAAUACCAUUUAAAUAUCCGAUUGAAGGAGGACGACACAAUAUAUUGUCUAUAGAGGUUGCUGCUGAUGGCCCGACUCAAGUUUUGUUGCUUACUAAUUACAAUCAGUCAGAAAGUAUCUUUAGACCAAGAACUCCAUCAAUUUCAUCAGUAUCUAAAGAUGACACCAGUAAAGAUGCUUUUGAAGUGAUUGACGUGGAUUCAGUUACUACCUUAACUUUUCAGAUUAGAUUGGAAGGUAUUGGUAUUUCUGUGAUUAACAAACGAAUGCAGGAAUUGACUUAUGCUUCAAUGCGCGGAUUGGAGUUCAAGUACAAUGAUUCUACACUAUAUCAAUCCAUCAAUUUUAUUAUUAAAUGGCUACAGAUUGAUAAUCAAUUAUAUGGCGGAUUAUAUCCAAUUAUUUUAUAUCCAACGGUUAUUCCAAAAGAUACAAAAGAAACCGAAGUUCAUCCAGCCUUUCAUGCUUCACUUAUUAAGGCAAAAGAUGAAUAUUUUCUCUUUGCAUUGCUCGAGUUUACAAAAAUUGAAGGUCCGAGCAAUCGUGAAGAAAAGGAAGUACAACUUAUUGAUGGAACGCUUGAUAUUCCUGAGCCAAAAUCAGCUGAAGGAGAUAAUCAGUGGUACUUUGAGGUUUUGCACAUACAUCCAAUGAAAAUUAAUAUUUCAUUUGUCAGGACAGAACGUAUAAACGUUGAAAAUAAACCAGCACCACGUAAUCCAAUCAUGUUCUUUUUCAAUGUUUUGACGAUGGCAAUCGGAAACAUCAAUGAUGCACCAAUUAAACUUAAUGCUCUUGCCAUGGAAAAUAUGCGCGUCAGUCUUCCUGUAUUAAUCGAUCGUAUUAGGCAGCACUAUGGUGAAGCUUUUAUCUACCAAGUACAUAAAAUUGUUGGUUCAGCUGACUUUUUGGGUAAUCCUGUUGGUCUAUUCAAUAACCUUAGUUCUGGAGUCGUUGAUAUUUUCUACGAGCCAUACCAAGGAUUCGUGAUGAGCGAUCGGCCCCAAGAUCUUGGAAUUGGACUUGCAAGAGGCGCAACGAGUUUCUUCAAGAAGACUGUGUAUGGGUUUAGCGACAGUUUUUCUAAGGUUACAGGAAGUAUAGGAAAAGGUCUUUCUGCUGCAACCUUGGAUAAAUCUUACCAAGAUCGGCGAAGAAUGACCCAGUUCAGGAAUAAGCCCAAACAUGCAUUGUAUGGUGUUAGCCAAGGAGUUAAUUCUCUAGUAACAAGUUUUGGAAGCGGCAUUGAGGGCCUAGCACGUAAACCUUUAGAAGGUGCCGAGAGAGAAGGUGCAGCUGGGUUGCUCAAAGGAGUAGGAAAAGGAUUGGUUGGUUUCGUAACUAAACCUGUUGUCGGUGUGUUUGAUUUUGCAAGCAAUGUAACAGAAGGAAUUCGAAAUACUACCACUGUUUUUGAUGAAAACGAUAUUGCACCGGCAAGAUUACCUAGAUAUGUCGGGAGGGAUGGAAUACUAAAGCCCUAUCAACAAAGAGAAGCUUUAGGACAAUCUUGGCUGAAAGGAUUGGAAGAUGGAAAAUAUUUUAAAGCAGAAUAUAUUGCACAUCUUGAUCUUAGAGGAGAUGAGCAAGUGGUAAUGCUCACACGAUCGCGCAUUAUGCUCGUAAAAAAUAGAAAAUUAAAAGUAGAAUGGGAAGUUCCAUUUUCAGAUCUUCAAACUAUUGCUUUGCAGCCCAGCGGAAUUUUACUUAACCUAAAAGGGAAUGCACCAGGACCAUUUAUUCCUAUUCCUGACGCUGAGAGUAAAGAAUGGUUUGAAAAGAAGAUUGAAUUAAUAAUUAACGAAUACAAUGCAGAAUCAAAAGACUUUAGAGAUGAAUAA